GGUUAUAGAAAGAGAAGUGUUCUACUAAGGUUUUGAGAGGUUUCAAGGGGGUUUUCAUGAUUCUAGUAGUUUUAAAAGGUUUAGUGGAAGUUACUGCGAUUUUUAAGAGUUUUUAUGAUCCUAGUGUGUGUUCUACUACUGUUUUAAAGGAUUCUAGUGAGUGUUACUGUGGUCUUCAAGGUUGUUUUCAUGAUCUCAAUGCUUUAAAAAAAAUCGUAGUGGAAGUCAUUGUAUUCUUUUUAAGGUUGAUUUUAUGAUUCAAACGAUCUAGUGAAGAUUACCGUGGUUUUUAAGGUUGUUUGCAGGACUCUAUAAAAUGUUUAACAAAAAUUCUAUACCGACAGUGCUUAGAAAUGAGUCGAAAAUUAGAAUGUAGAUUAGCUAACGAGAAAAUAAAGAUUAGCUAUUUCAUGUGUUUUGUGUGCAAAUAUGAGUUAUCUUAUCUUUUAUACACUGAAAGAAAGAUAAAAGAAAAAUAAACCGUGUUGGAAAUAGAAUAUGUGUGGAGUGUACGUGAAUCUUAUCUUUUGACAUAUGAAGGAAGGGAAAAGGGGAAAGAGUUAAAAUGUACUGAUGUCUUUCUUUGUAAAAACUAUUGUGUAUUGACGAUAAGAAAAAACUGAAGUGAAGAAAAAAUAAGAUAACAAAGGAAAUAUACUGACUAUUGUAAGAAAAAAUAUCAUGGAGUGAGAAGAAUUGUGAGACGGAAGGAAGGCAAAGAGAACACCACGUAAUAUGACGAAGAAAAAGGAAAAGAAAAUCUAGUGAAACCUGAAAGAUAAGAUGAAUAGAGAAAUGAUAAGUAUAAAUAAGAAAAAAUAAAUAAAGGAAACGAUGACAAAAUAAAAAAAAAGAAUUUAUGAAGAAAAUACAUAUAAUGAAAUAAGGAAAUAGAAAAAAUGAGAACAAGACGAAGAAAGGAUUAAAGAAAAAAAAAAAAGUGACAAAGAUAGGACGCAUAAAAGUGACAAAUACAUAAAAAAAGAGAUUAAAAACUAUAAUAAACUUCCUGCGAGUGAUAAGAGCAAGACAAACUACUAAAAAGACACAAACAUUGAUAAAAAAAAAAAGAAUAGAUAAGAACAACUUACUAAUUGACUACACUAACCAUGCUACAACUUGAUAACAUAAACGAGCUGGUACUGGAGGAGCAAGCUUCCUCCUCCAUCACCGUCACUACCACGACUACUGAAGACGGCGCAGAAGACUUAGACGCCCACCUGCUGUCUCUCGAGACCUUCCAGGAGGACUGCAUGAGGCGCCUCGCUCACCUGAGAGAUGAAAGAAGUGCGGUGACAGAACCGGAGUGUUUUACGGAUGCAACGAAGGAAGAAGAGAAUGUUGAAAGCGGAAAUGGCGAAGGAGAUAAGAGAGAAGACAUAAAGGAAGAAGGCAAGAUUGAAGAGAAAGAGGAGGAGGAGGAAGAAGGGGUGAGAAUGGCGCAGGCAUCACUAAAAGAAAUUUGUAAUGACUUAUCAACACUGGGAACACCGCUAAUAGAAGGACGAUCAGUCAGACCCAAAAUACAAAAAGAUAGAAUAAAGUCAGUAGAUUUUCAGCUCUCCGGUGAAUCAGACAGUAUUUUUGCCGCUGGUCAACAGGUGGAGGAGAAACCAAGACCAAGGAAAGAUUCUGGCUACUCCUUCACUAUUGACACCCUGGAGAAGGAGCUGACAAACUUACUGGAUAUGUUUCUGACGAAGGAUGCAACUGAUAACGUUAAUGAUGAUGCUACUACUAACAUUACUACUGCUACAACUAUUGCUACGGCUACUACUACUACGCCAACCUCACCUCGCUCCCCAAUAACAACCACCACCACCACUACUACUUCGUCACCAGUAACCAGCAGCUCUCAAACUACUAUCACUAUACCCCCACGCACUCCAUCUCCAACACCUACUAUCACAUCCACUACCACUAUUACACCACCACGAAGCCCAUGCUCUCCAAAUACUAUCAGAUCUACUACUACUGUCACACCACCACUAAGCCCACUCCCUCUAACUUCUAUUUCUUCUGUUACACCACAAACUCCACGCUCCCCAACCAGUACUGCUACCACACCACUAACUCCACGGUCUCCAGUCACUCCUACCACCACCCCUACUACUGAAACGCACCCAUCAUCAGAGCCUCUUGUCUUCACCUUUCCGUCCUCUCCCACUUCCCUCUCCUCCUUCACCUUCGCUUCAUCUGAACCCACAACCCCACUACAACGCAAAGCUAAAUCCUUAUCCGUUCAUCAUGUCCCCUCUCAUUCCCGUUCCUCGUCUUCCUACCACGUACUCUCUCCUCUUCCUCCUCCCUCUCCCAGUGAAAGAAAAGAGGAGUACCACUUCUUCUCCACGAUCAAGGAAGGAAUGAAGAAUUUUGGACGAAGGAACAGUUUGAGGAAGAAGAAAAAGAAGAGGCCAGAGAUUGGGGAACCGCAGGACUUUAGAACCUUGACCUCCACUACGAGUAUCAAGCCAGAUGAUGACCCGUGGAUUAAGGUGGUGAAGUGAAAGGGGAUCGAAAACUGAAGCAAAGGAUUAUAUAUAGAAUUGAAGUACAAAAUAUUACGUAAGAUGUAGAAAAAGACACAGUGACAAGGAAGAUAAAUGAAGAAAUAAGAAGAUGUAAAAGAAUUACAAGAAACUCUAAUUGAGAAGACCAGGAAAAAAACAGUAAAAAUAAAGCAAAGGAAAUAAAAUAAAAAAAAAUCACAAAGGAAAAGAGAGAGAGAGAA